CGUUGGCGCUGUGUCAGCUGCCGGGCUGCUGCUCCCGGCACAUCCCGGGACAGCACUCGGCCCUGGGGCAGCUCUGGGCGCAGACGGAGCCUUCGGUGCCGCUUCCAGGAGAUCGGCCGACUCUUCCCAGCAGAGCAGGCUCCAGUUCAACUUCUGCCUUCCAGCUGUGAUCAUUCCAACCUACAGGAGAGCAGGAAAUGGCCGCAGCCCAUCCAUCUCAGGAGCCCGUGAGCUUUGCGGAGGUGGCCGUGUAUUUCAGCAGGGAGGAGUGGGCGCUGCUGGACCCUGCGCAGCGAGCGCUCUACCGAGAUGUGAUGCUGGAGACGUACGAGUGCGUGGCCUCUCUGGCUCCACUUCCAACCCCCAAACCUGUGGUAAUCUCCCUACUUGAAGGAGGGGAAGACCCUUGGAUCCCAGAUGUGCCUAGCCCCGAGGUCAUGGUGGGACACCUCAGCCCAGGAGGUGAUGGGAUCACAAAUAUAAAGGAGGAGCAGCAGAACAGUGGUGUGGCCGAAGGGCAGUGGGGUAGCGCCUCUGUGGAAGAAAUCAGAAGGGACGUCCAUGUGGGCCUGGAGCAAGGAGAACACUUGAAGAAGCCACUGGGAAAGCAUCUGGGAAAGACAGCAAGGAACCUGCUGGACUUGAGUGUGGGUCAAAAGCAGACUGAAGACCCCAGGAGCAAGGAUGUGUGCCAGAAGAAAAAGCAGAUUUUAUGCACUGAGUGUGGGAAGAGCUUUAAGACAUAUUCCAACCUUGUUAAUCACCAGCGUGUACACUCUCAGAAGAGCCUGUUCAAGUGCUCUGAUUGUGGAAAGAGCUACAAAUGGAGAUCUGAACUCAUCAAGCACCAGCGCAUCCACACAGGAGAGAGACCGUAUAAGUGUCCUGAGUGUGAGAAAAGCUUCAUAAGCAGAACUGGAUUGAAGUACCACCAGCGCAUCCACACAGAAGAAAGAUCGUUUAAGUGCUCUGACUGUGGAAAGAGCUUCACAAGCAGUUCCAACCUCUUUCGCCACCAGCGCAUGCACACAGAAGAGAGACCCUAUCAGUGUACUGAGUGUGAGAAGAGCUUCAAAAUACGUUCCCACCUCAUCCGCCACCAGCGCAUCCACACAGGAGAGAGACCCUACAAGUGCUCUGAGUGUGGGAAAAGCUUCACAAGCAGUUCUGAUGUCAUUGUCCACCAGCGCAUCCACACAGGAGAGAGACCCUACAAGUGUCCUGAGUGUGGGAAGACCUACAAAAGCAAUGGUGAUCUGAAGUAUCAUCAGCGCAGCCACACAGGGGAGAGACCUUAUAAGUGUCCUCAGUGUGGGAAGAGCUUCAAAACCAGUUCCCACCUCAACCGCCACCAGCAAAUCCACACAGGAGAGUGUCAUGGUUUUAUGAUUUUUCUGAUCGGUAUUCCACAGUAUAGCAUCAUACCGUGCACUGGGAGUUAAAGAGGUAAUGCUGCAGUUGUGUGGAUUGUUGAUAUUUCCUGGUACCUGGUCUUAGAAGGGAAGAAUGAACUCCAAGUCCCAGAAGCCUUCACUACUCUGUUUCCGCUUUCCAGUCGGUGGGAAAGAUAAAACUGACUGGGAGUAAGGAGACUGCCUCUUUGCUUUCUGUGCUCCUGGCCGUCUUGCCUACAGCAUUAGAGUAAGGACAUUGGUUUUGGAAAGUCUGUCUCUCAUUUUAUUUAUUAGCUUCAAUUCCAGUUAUAUUGUAUUAUAUUGUAUUAUCUUGCAUUACCCUAUUAUAUAUAAUAAAUUAGUUGUUUUUUUUCCCCUUA